AUGAAUAAAUCAGCAAGGAAACUCAAAAGCCUCUUAUAUAUUACUGUUUCUGGAUAUGCUGUUAGUGGAGCAAUCAGUCUAUAUAGGGGAGAUGAAAACUUGUACAAAAACUUCUUGAUGCCUUUAGUUCACACCAUCGACGCAGAAAAGGCACACAAAUUAGCAAUUUUCGCCAGUAAACAUAGGCUCAUACCUAAAAGUCAUUAUGUAGAUGAAGAACCACUGAAAGUGAAUAUCUUUGGAAAAACAUUCUCAAAUCCAAUUGGUAUUGCCGCUGGGUUUGAUAAGGAUGGUGAAGCUGUACUGGGCCUAAAAGAUAUCGGGUUUGGCUUUGUGGAGAUUGGUUCAAUUACCCCAGAACCUCAGCCAGGUAAUGAAAAACCUAGAGUUUUUCGCUUGAUUGAAGAUCAGGCAGUUAUUAACAGGUAUGGGUUCAAUAGCAAAGGACAUGAUGAUGUUUUUCAAAGGAUACAAUCUUUGAGUGAAGAAGAGAGAAAAUCUAUUAUUCUGGGAAUCAAUUUGGGAAAGAAUAAAAAUUCCACAGAUUCAAUAGGUGAUUAUGUAGAGGGUAUCAAAAGGUUUGGCCCAGUAGCAGAUUACUUGGUAAUCAACAUAAGCAGUCCUAAUACUCCUGGAUUGAGAGAUAUGCAAGAAAAGAAACAGUUGAGAGAACUUCUUAGUGCCUUGGUAGAAACCAGGAAUCAACUAAAACUAGACCAAAAACCAUCCCUUCUAUUGAAAUUAGCCCCUGACUUAUCAUCAGAAGAAAGAAAAAAUAUAGCUGGGGUACUAAAUGAGAAAAGAUGUAGAGUGGAUGGUUUGAUUGUUAGCAAUACCACCAUUGAUAGACCAAAGACUCUAUUGUCAGAAAAUAAACAAGAAAUUGGUGGACUGAGUGGUGAGCCUUUGAAAGAAAUGUCCACCCAAAUGAUAGCUGAAAUGAGCAAAUUAACUGGUGGUAUGCCUAUAAUUGGGGCAGGAGGAAUUUCAUCUGGACAAGAUGCCUAUGAAAAAAUCAAGGCUGGGGCUAGCUUAGUGCAAAUAUACACUGCAUUAGUGUAUAAUGGGCCACCAGUAGUGACGAAAAUUAAAAGAGAGUUACAGCACUGUGUGAUGAAAGAUGGACAUGCUAAUGUUGAAGCAGCAGUUGGAAAAGGAAAAUAA